GACUCCACCUGUCGCGAGCUGGCGCUCUGUUGUUUAGUGUCUUUGUCGCAAAAAGAGAACACAGCCACUCUGACACCGGACUGUACGAGACACACGCUGGAGCGAGAGCUGUCUGUGUCGACAUGAAAAUAACAAGCGCACCAGCUCCCGCCACCUGUUUUACGUUCUGAAUGUUUUUUUUUAUUUUACCCGACGACAGAGGAGCGAACAACAAGCAGAAUUCUGGUGGAUGGUUUUAUCCGCAGUGCCUCAGCCAAGCAGCCAGCCGGGGAGCAGAAUGUCAAGGCGGCAGCAGCAGCAGCAGCAGCAGCAGCAGCGUACGCCGUUAAAAGUCACAGACAGCGUGGUGGAGGUCAAGAGCAAAUUUGAGGCAGAAUACCGUCGGUUCGCUCUAAAGAGGAAUGGCCAAGGUGACUUCCAGGAGUUCUACCACCUCCUCCAGACUAUCCAUCAUAUACCUGGUGUUGAUGUGCUUCUGGGAUACGCUGACGUACAUGGAGACCUCCUCCCAAUCAACAACGAUGACAACUUCCACAAAGCUGUCUCAGCAGCCAAUCCACUGCUCCGUAUUAUCAUUACCAAGAGAGAGGAUGAACCUGUCAUAUUUGCCACCAACUCCCUCCAGAGGCGUAAAAAGGGGCUGGGUUUAACUGGACUGCGCACCACAAGCUCAGGCUCCACCUACUCAAAGAACAAGCCAGGUCUUAUGAUUGGCCUCCCACAGAACUUCAGACAGAUCUCCUCCAUCAUUGAUGUGGACAUCUUACCUGAGACACACCGACGUGUACGACUUCACAAGCAUGGUACCCACAAACCACUAGGCUUCUACAUUCGUGAUGGGGUGAGCGUGAGAGUGGCGCCACACGGUGUAGAGAAGGUUCCAGGAGUGUUCAUAUCUCGUCUGGUACGUGGUGGGCUAGCAGAGAGUACAGGGCUGCUGGGAAUUAAUGACGAGAUUCUUGAAGUAAAUGGCAUCGAUGUAGCAGGGAAAUCUUUGGAUCAGGUUACAGACAUGAUGGUGGCCAACAGUCACAACCUAAUUGUGACUGUGAAACCAGCUAACCAGAGAAACAAUGUGGUGCUUCGUGGGAGUAAGACCUCAAUGGGCAACUCUGGUUCUGUAGGCUCAGCUGGAUCUACUGGUUCGGCUUUGUCACAUGACUCACCAAGCCCUGCCUCUCAGAGCAACCCCAUUACUGCAAGCAACAGCAUUGCAGAGGGUGACAGUGAUGAUGAAGAUGAUGAUGGCGACCUCAUUCUGGAGAAUGACUGUCUGACACCCUUCGACUCCCAACGAGUAAACAACAGUAACAACAGUAACCUCAACAGAGACCUACCUAUGAACAGGCAGCACCCCUCCUCUGUGGUGAGGCCCCUCCCACAGAGCAUCUCAUUGCCCAAUAGUGUCGGCGCAUCCUUGAGUGACAGUUUUAUGAUGACGUCGCUUCACAACGAGAACACAGCCAGCAUCAGUCAGGAGAGCCUGAGAGAAGAUGGCAACAUAAUAACACUGUAAUCAUGAUGACACUGACAGCUACACAGUAGCAGUGAUGACUUUGGGAUGUUGCAAACACAGAGUGCUGUAUCCAUGUCAACAACAGCUAACUGUGCUCCUUGUCUGCCAGAUGUCAAACUCAGCAGCAGCCCCUCUGACAGUUUCUUCCUGUUGACUCAUACUGAUCAUCUUUUUGAAGAGGCUGAAACCUGAGUCUUAUAGGCUAGACUCCCUAACAAUAUCACACACCGCUGCUUGUUUCUUUGCUUCAAGCAUCGACUUUUUAUGUGUGCUACAUGUAGCUGAUGGUAUGUACACAGCUGCAUUGUCUUUUACUGCAAGAAAAAAAAAAUCACUACAGGGAAAUUAUUUAAAUGCCAUAAUGUAUUAACUGGUCAGUAUACUUACAGAGAACAGCGUAACUAAGAAAUCAUUCUAAAUUCUCUUGUUAAAGCCAUAACUCAGUUUAAUACCACAUAUUUAGGAAAUCAUCUCCACCCCCAAAUUCUGCUGCUGUGCCAGGUGUUCAAUUGGUUCUCAUGGUGUGUUGGCAACAGAAACAUGGAUGCUGCAAAGGCUUACAUACUGUUCUUGUCUGAUUUGUUGAGUACAACAAGACAAUGACAGAACAUUGCGAUUUGAUCAAGGCCCAUUUUAAUGGCAGCAGUAAGACCGACACACAAAGCCCAUGAAAUAUUCUUUGCUUGUCUGGGUGGUUAUUUUGUUACCACAAGUGCACCAUUCAUUCAGAUGAGGUGGUGUAAAGUUAAUUGUUGGUGUUUUGGAUGGGAAUAGACAUCUCAGAACCUGUUUCUAGAGCAGAGUUUUUCCACUGGCAAUCUGGUGAUUUUUACCAAAAAUAUUCUAAGUUGUUCUUGCAUCACAAGUAGUAGCUGGAAUGCAAGAUAAUAGUUUAAUGUGAUUAUAGCUAGUUAAUCAGAGUGUACCUGCAGAGUUCUUCCGACAGUAUCUGUUGUCCACACAUGCUUUAAACCGUAUAAAAACGUUCUCCUUCAGUUUAUUAAAUCUCUGCAGCACCUGAAGGCAGCAGGGCAAAUGUUGAUAAAUUGGCAGUCUGAUUGGAGAUGGGGCUCUCAGAGCAAAGCUAUUUUAUAGCUAUGAGAGCAAGAGUGCACCCCCAGUCUUUCCACCGCAGAUGGACGGGCCCAGUCUAUGAGCCCAAGUUCUAAUUGUGAUGCUAAAUUAAUGCCCUAAAAAAGUACUAUACCUUACAAUACACAAAAAUAUAGACCAGACAGCAGAAAAAGGUUAAAACUUGUUGAGUAAUAUUAAAACUUCCAUUUUUUUCUUAUUAUUUAGCUUUUUGUUUUACAUAAUCAUUUGUUACAGAAUAUGAUAAAUGAUUAAUCUCAUGGGUUUUAGUGACGGAUCAAAAUACUAAAGGGAUUUUUCUGUAACAUGUAUAAAUCUAAAAGAUGGUGAUCAUUUGGUUCCACAACGUAAAUUACUGAAUGAAGUGGGUAAUAGAUAAUAUAAAGCAAUAAGCAUUAACAGUCUGGCAUUACAAAUAUAGUAACACAAUCGCUGUAAAUGACAAUUUUGAGGAGUAGAGAAUGGCACAGGUGUUAUUUUUAUCAUAUUCAAAAAUCGAGACAGAGGUAUCACUUUUCAUCAAAUAAACUAUACAGUUUCACACAUGCACACAAUCACACAUCAACCAUUAGGGAGUGGGUGUCAAAAUAAGGAGAUAUGUCAUGAGUCUUUUCUACAGAUAAUAACAUACCUGUGGUCUGAAUUACAAUCUGAUAGUAAGCAUAACAUUUACUUUAUUUACUUUACGUUAACUUUUUUGAUUUGAAAAGUUCUGCUUUGUUUGCGUCUAUGAGAAGCUGCACUAUAGCACUGUUAUAGGUCAGAAACUCAACAGGGAACCUUUAAUAGGCUGAAAGAGCAGUUGCUUAUGUAUUAUGGUAAAUACUUAUAUAAUAUAUAUAUUAAAGUUAAUUAUGGUCAAUUUGAAGUAGCAUUUUCACUUAGCACAUACUAAGUUAACUAAGUAACUCAUCAGUGAUUCAAGCAGGUCUAGUGCCUACUGAUAGUUUGUCACUGAUCCAGUUUUGUUGAUGAGAUACCUUGUUCACAGCUCGAUUUGUAGCAAGACAUCUAUUCAAUAUAAUGGGGCGGCCGUGGCUCAAGAGGUAGAGCAGGUCAUCCUCUAACCAGAAGAAUUCUGCAUGCCGAAGUGUCCUCGGGCAAGAUACUAAACCCCAAAUUCCCCCAUAUGGCUGUGACAUUGUGUGACUGAUGUGUAAUAGAGUUAGUGUUUCACAUGGAUGCACUGUAUGAAUGUAUGAAGCACAUACUGAGUAACGUGUGUGUGUGUCUAGAAUAGCGCUAUUUAUAAAAAAACCAAACAUUUAUACUCACAUGAAAAUGGCAACAAGCCUGGAACAGAUGGACACACACAUAGAAAUAACAACUCUCAAAACAAAAUGUUUCGUUGAUUGUCUUGUUAAAAAACUUGUAAACUAUUCAUUUGUGAGAAGCAGUUGGUGAGUAAUGUAAUUUCUUACCUGCUGUUUAAACAAAAAUGUUAUUGCCACAGUUUAAUCAAUCAACAGCUUUUACAUGAGAAAACAUUGCCACAAACCACAAAAUUUGAAGUUUACCCUGCUCUUUAACCCACGAGGAAUAAGAAUACUGGUGUUUUAACCUCCUUUUUUACAGGGGACAUUUGUAUGUUCGGCUAGUGAACACACAUUAAACUCCUGUUGAACCCAUCCCAUAUACUUCAUAGCUAACCUGACAAAUGGCACAUGAUAUCACUGAAUAAUUACCACAUUCAAGGUUAGACAUUGUUUUUGUCCAGUAGCACUGUAAACUGGCCUGACUUGGUUUAGGGUUACGGUUUGCAUGAGUCUGUGUGUUUCAGUGUGUGUACAGUACAGCCUCAUAAUAACAUCUCAUGCUAGAUCACAACUCUGAUCAAUUCAUCAGCUUUCCUGGUAAACAGGGCUGCUUUGGACCUCAGAGUAGACACUUGUUCAAUGCCAGGAAAGUCAAGUUGGCCUGAUCUGAAUAUAUUUUGGCAGAAGUUUGAUGUCAGCAGUAGUUUAAAAUAUACACACACGGUAUAUUAUUGGUUUUUUUUAACUUUAAUAUAAGUUAAUGUAAAUGUAAGAUUA